CUUCAGAGGCGGCCUGGCGCCGCGGCCGCUCUCCCCGCGCCCGCCUCGGGCCGCUGGCCCAGCCCGGGCAGAGGCUGCAGGGCCGCGUCGCGGGCGGUCGCGCCAGGCCAGGCCGCCAUGGCCCCAGUGCAGCUGGAGAACCACCCGCAGGUCCCUCCUGGCGGCGGCGGCGGCGGCGGCGGCUCCUCGGCGCCUGCCCCUGCUCCCCCGCCACCGGGAGCCCCCGUAGCGGCGGCAGCUGCGGCCAGCCCCGGUUACCGGCUUAGCGCGCUCGUCGAAUUCCUGCUGCACCGGGCCUACUCGGAGCUGAUGGUGUUGACGGACCUACUGCCCAGGAAAUCUGAUGUGGAGAGGAAGAUAGAACUUGUACAGUUUGCCAGCCGGACGCGCCAACUCUUCGUUCGAUUAUUGGCCUUAGUGAAAUGGGCCAACGAUGCUGCUGGCAAAGUUGAGAAGUGUGCGAUGAUCUCAGGCUUUUUGGAUCAGCAAGCCAUCUUGUUUGUGGACACCGCUGACCGCCUGGCCUUCCUAGCCAGAGACGCCCUGGUCCAUGCACGCCUGCCUACCUUUGCUAUCCCGUAUGCCAUUGAUGUACUGACUACUGCCUCUUAUCCACGUCUCCCAACCUGCAUCAGGGAUAAAAUUAUUCCUCCAGACCCAAUUACCAAAACUGAGAAACAAGACACGCUUCAUCAGCUUAAUCUGAUUCUCAGACACAGGCUUGUGACGACAGAUCUUCCUCCACAGCUAGCAAAUCUUACUGUGGCAAAUGGCCGUGUGAAGUUUCUUGUUGAAGGAGAAUUUGAAGCAACCUUGACGGUGAUGGGUGAUGACCCAGAAGUUCCAUGGCGCCUUCUCAAGCUAAAAAUUCUGGUUGAGGAUAAGGAAACAGGAGAUGGGCGAGCUUUGGUUCAUAGUAUGCAAGUUGACUUUAUCCAUCAACUGGUGCAGUCUCGGCUCUUCGCUGAUGAGAAACCUCUUCAGGACAUGUACAACUGCCUACAUUAUUUCUGCUUGUCACUUCAAUUAGAAGUGUUGCAUUCCCAGACUCUAAUGUUAAUCCGAGAGAGGUGGGGAGACCUUGUACAGGUGGAAAGAUACCAUGCUGGAAAGUGCCUCGCUCUCUCAGUUUGUAAUCAACAGGUUCUAGGGAGAAAAACAGGCACAGCAUCUAUUCACAAAGUUACAAUUAAAAUCGAUGAGAAUGAUGUCCCCAAGCCUUUGCAGAUUUUACAUGAUCCUCCUUUGCAAGCUUCUGAUUCUAAAUUAGUAGAAAGAGCCAUGAAGAUUGACCACUUAUCAGUAGAAAAGCUCCUGAUUGACAGUGUGCAUGCAGGAGCCCACCAGAAGCUGCAGGAACUGAAGGCCAUUCUUAUAAACUUCAAUGCAAAUGAAAACUGUAGGUGUUUUUAAUUGAUACUCAUCUUAUUCUUUUAUUUAAGGGUUUUUCUCAUAUAACUUUCCCUUGAUGUUUUUUGUUGAGGAUGGUGGGCAUUUGUUGCAUUUAGCCUGAAACCUACCAAACCUGUCCCAGUUUUCACUUUUCUCUCUCUCCAUCCACCGACCCACCCACCUACCUACCUUAGGUUGUCUUUAUUUUUGGAAUGUUUGCACAUUGUCUCUCCUUUAAAAAGUGUACUUAUUGAAAUAGAAAUAUUGUAACAUGACUCAUAAUUUAGUGUUUCUUUUCCUGACAAAGCAGCACUGCAGGUGCUUUUUAUAGUGUAUUUAUAAAAUAUGGUUGAGUAAAGCAGAAUUCAUUCCGUGUC